ACCAAAUUCGAUCAAAUUCCUCAGCUUCUACGGAUACAGCCAUGGGUAUCCAUCUCGUUACCCGCAGGGUAUCGACCAAAUUCGAUCAAAUUCCUCCGGAUUCUGAGUAUACUGUUGUCGAUUUUUAAACGGAUACCCGGGAUGAAAUAUGUAGCUGAUGGAUUAGCUGUGAACACUGGAUUGACAGACUUGACUUUUACAUACAAUAAGCUUGACUUCCGCUCCCGUGGUGCACAAUACUUUAGCACUGCCUUGGAGAACAAUCGAUCUCUUAUCAAGCUGUGUCUUGAUGUGAAUAACAUUGGCGCUGAAGGUAUUCGAUAUUUAGCCAAAGCAUUAAACAACAACCGAACACUUUCAACAUUAAAUUUAUCGAAAAAUAACAUUGGAAAUGAAGGAGCACAAAAUUUAGCCGGCGCACUGGAAAAGAAUACGACAUUGACUAGUUUAAUUCUUGAACGAAGUUCGAUCGGCACUGAUGGAGCACGUGCUCUUGCUGUCGGAUUAGGAAUUAAUCGAACGCUGAUCACACUAAAUCUUCUUAAUAAUCAAAUAGAUUUAGCUGCCAUAGAGCAAUGA